UAAAAAAUUAAUUUUUUGAUAAAAAGUAAAAUAAUGUUAACGCAAAAUAUACCUGUAAUGUGUGUAUUAUUAUUAUUUUCGCCUUGACCUCCUAAACAAGAAAAAAAGUUCUAUAGUGGUUAAGUAAUGUUAAUUUACACUCUAAAAGCCCACAGUUGGGGAUACGAACGAUAAUUUUCUGUUUGGACUCAGUAAUACUGUACUUAAGUCAUAACGAAUGUACUGUUCUUCAGAAGUUUAGGCAUACCUACACGAAUCGUUAGCACUAGCUAAGUGACAAUGGCCGGUAAAAAUGUAAAAAACACAAAAGUCGAAUCUGAUUUAGCUGGUUGCCGUGAAGAGGGAAAUUGGACGAAGAUAUUGGAACUUUCUGAACAAUUGUCGUCUAGUAAAGCUUUGCUGUACAACUUAAUGAUUGGCGAAGCCAAAUUGGAAAUGUUUCUAGAAGAAAACCCUCCCGUCGAAAGCAAUAUAGCCAAAGCAUGUAUUGGUCUAGUCGAUGCUAAAACUUAUUUAACCGAUUCUAUUAAUGAACUUAACACACAGGCGGGUAUGAACAUCGAUGGUCACAUGCUUCUUGCUAAACUGUGUUAUGCGUGUGGUGAGUACGAAGAGGCUAUGCAUCAUUGUUCAGAAGCAAAAUUAAAUUCUGUGAUUCAAACAGAUUUACAAAUUCGAAAUAUAAGAAUUUUAGCCGAAUCUUUUGCUGUUAAAGGUCUUUGCCAAGAAAAAUUACGACCAUCAUCUAGUUCUAGGUUUAAAAAAAACGAAUGGCUUGAAAGCGUAAUCAAAAACUAUGAACAAGCCGCUAAUUUGGGAAUUUUAUACUUACAAGAAUUAGACAACAAAGAAAGUCAGUUAAUGUUUCCAUCGCCAAUUGGCGGUGCUGCAUCAUCAAACGCAAACAAUAACACCUUGUCUACAACUGGUUGUCAUUCCCCGCAACCUGUGAAUAUGUCGCACACCUUAAGUAUAUUGGUUGAAACUGCCAUUUUACGUUUGCCACUUCUACUUAUAGAAAGUUCAAAUUACUCUGGAGCUAUAUCUGCAUUUAGGAACAUAUUAUCAGCUUGUGAAGCACACGGUACUCAUUCUAUUCGACUCGUCUUGACUUAUCAAUUUGCUGAAUUUCUUCUACGUAAAGUGUCGCCUAAAUAUUAUUCUCUUCCCACUCAAAACACUCCAACCAAAAAGCAAAUAAUCAACAUAAGAAAAUCAAAAAAAUACAACACGAUAAAUAUGUUUGUACCUAGAAGUGAACAUGAAGAAAUAAUACUACUCCUUAUUAUAAGCGAAGCAAUGGCUACAAGGAAUGCCGUACUUAGUCAGUCGCCUGAAUUCAAGGACGCGAGAAUUCGGGCGUUUAGUUUAGCCACAGCCAUAUACGACCUGUUAACCUUUGCACUUGUUCUCUGGGGACAGUACAAUAUGUUACACGAAUCAUUUGAAAGAGCGAUGAAAUUUUCUGCCGAUGAUGCUCACGUAUGGAUGCAACAAGCUUUGUGUCUCGAAGCCGCAGGACGCCACAUUAGAGCUCUAGAAGUACUUACACUUGUCAUUAACAUGCAGCCGAACUCGUCUACUCCUUGUUUGCUGGCUGCUAAAAUAUGUUACCAACAUUUAUUUAAGAUGGAAGAAGGUUUAAAUUGGAGUGAGGAAGCCUUAAAACGAGAGCAGCGUUAUCCUCAAAAUUUGCUCUCUAGGUGUCAUUUAUACAUAGCAAUCGGAGCACAAUGUAUGGCGGUAACUACUCUAUUGAAAUCUGUUAAAGACAAAUAUCAUGCUAUCUGCUUGGAAUCCCUCUUAAAAGCCCAGCAGUUAGAUAGUAAUGAUCAUCUGGUCCAUUAUUAUUUGGCAUUUUAUUAUGCCUCUAUAGCAAAUGUGUCUGAAGCCACAGUUAAAGUGCGCCAAGCGUUGACACUCAAUCCUGAACAUACGCCGUCAUUGCAGUUGGCCAUUCUGUUACUAAGUGCCCAGAAAAAAAUGAACGAAGCCAAAUCUCUCCUGGAAUCUUCUUUGGAAGACUUUCCUGAUCACAUCGGUUUGCUGUUUAUCAGAGCUAAAAUCGAACUGCACUCAGAAGCUUCGGAAAUCGCUCUUACAACGGCUAAACAUAUGCUUUCUAUGUGCAAAGCAUCGGUUAGUAACGAAGGAUCUCCUUCUAUCGAGCAUGCCGAUACACGCAGUAUUUUUCAACUUUAUACCACCGAACAUUCGGAUAAAGAUACAAAUUCUUUAGGGCCUGUGCGAAUAGAGCAAGCGUUAUCCGAAGUUGCAUCAUCGAUCAGUUCCUUGGUACCACAACGACCAAUAGCCAAUACAGUGUGGCAUACACAGCAGAAUGUUUGGUUACUUUUGGCCGAAAUAUAUUUGGCUCAAGAUCAAUUUGACGCAGCCAACAAUUGUUUACUCGAAGCUGCUAGUAUUUUCCCAUUAUCCCAUCACAUUAUGUACAUGAGAGGAUUAUUUCAUGAAAAAAGGAAUGAAUUUAACGAAGCGAAACAAUGUUAUCAAAACGCAGUUACCGUUCAUCCAGCACAUUUAAAAAGUCUUCAGCAUUUGGGUUUGAUGUACCAUUAUUUGGGAAGUCACAGACUCGCUGAGAAAACAUUAAGAGACGCGGCAAAAAUAAAUCCAUACUCUCCCGAAACUUGGUACAAUCUCGGUAAAGUGUUGGAAAGUUUAGGGGAAACUUCGAGUGCCACCGACAGCAUGGCGACUGCUUUACAAGUCGAAAUGGUUAGUCCCAUAAUGCAAUACACAAGUAUUCCAUUGCCAUUUGAUUAAUAAUAUUGUAUUUCGUUUAUAAUAUUAAAACUCUUAAAAUCAGUAGUCAUGCUUUACCUAUCUAGUAAAAAAAAAAAAAGGUGGAAGGGAUUACAACAUUUUAAUCAUUAUUAUUAUUAUAAUAAAGCCAUGUAGUGAGCACUCGUUGGUGGACAGUAUUAUCUUUAUAGCAUUUUAAACAAUUUGCAUUUCUUCUUGUUUAUCUUUUGUACUAUACUUGUUGAUUUAUUUUAAAUAAAGUUAUUUAACUCGUUAA